AUGAGAGCACAUACUCUUCAUGUCACGUUUCCUAUAAAAUAUCCCGGCUACACAUUAGUGAGUGAAGAUGAGCAGAUGAUCCUGGUGAAAAAUGAAGGUGGCGAUCAGUUUGUCAUUAAAAAGUUCAACACAGGACAGGAAAAUAAUUUAAACUUUCUCCUACAACUCAAUCAUCCACACAUCGUCCAUCACAAGGAAGUCAUUGCAGGUCCUGACUGUCUGUAUCUUGUACUGGAGCUCUGUGAGGGUGGAGAUCUUGCUCAGAAAAUCAAACACAAAAUACAGGCAGCUGAUACAUUUUCUGAGAAUGAGAUUCUGGACUGGGCUGUGAAGAUCUGCAUGGCAUUAAAGCACCUGCAUGAUCAACAGAUCCUCCAUAAAAACCUGCAGCCCAAGAGCUUAUUUUUCACUGCAUGUGGUAUCAUUCGUCUGGGAGAGUUUGGAGAGAUUAAUGAAUGGUCCACGGAUACACAAACAACAGACACUGAAGCUCUUGCAUAUGUUGCACCUGAGAACUUGAGUGGCAGACUGUAUGAUGGGAAAACUGAAAUUUGGAGGUUGGGAUGUGUCAUCUAUGAGCUGUGCAUGCUGAAGUGUGCGUUUAAAGCAAGAGACCCAGUUGAGAUUGUCACAAAGAUACUCACCUGCUCCUACGAAGCUCUUCCCAACACCUUUUCUGAGGAUCUUCGUCAGCUUGUGAAAGACACACUUCAGAAGGAUCCAGAGCACCGGCCAUCUGUCAAUGAGAUCUUGAUGAGGCCUUUUAUCAUUGAACACCUUCAUACAAUGAGCAUACAAACUAUUGAUGAGCUUUAUAAGACUCUAGAUGUAAUGAGAAACCUGGCCGAUGGUUUGGAGACGGUCCACUUCAACACAACCGUCAGCAGUCUCACAGGAGGUGUAGUAGGUCUGGCUGGAGGAAUCACAUCUAUAGUUGGACUUAUUCUCACUCCGUUCACUCUUGGAGCCUCUCUGAUAGUGACCGGUGUGGGAAUCGGUACGGCAGUAGCUGGUGGAAUAACAGCUGGUGCCAGCAACAUAACAAACAUGGUUAACCAGCAAACAAACAGACAAAAGAUUAAAAUGAUCUUAACAGAGUUCCAGGAGAAAAUUACCUCCAUUAUAUGCUGCAUCCAAAGCAUCUCAACAGCAGUGGAAACGCUUCAAAAUGAGUUUUCAACAAGCAGUGGAUCACUUUCCAAUGCACGAUCCAGGAUGAGAGCGGGAGCUCGACUUGGACGAGGACUGGGAGGAAUCCCGGAGCUUCUUCGUUUAACUCAAGUCGUAAACAUAGGGAAAAUUGCAGCUCAGGCUGCAAGAGCAGUUCGUGUGGCUGAAGCAGCUACAGGGGUUUUAUCUGCACUUUUCAUAGCUGUUGACGUAUUUUUCGUUUUUCUCGACUCCAGAGAAAUCCACAACAUCCGCAGAGAUUACGUUUUAAAAUCGAGUCGUCAAGAAUCCACCAGCAACCAAACCACUGGGUUGAAUGACCGGACACCAAAUAACAAUGACACAACAAACCUGCUGCCUUCAAACACUCAACAAGCAGAAGAGCUGAAAUCUGAGACCAUGAAAUUUGUGACAAAAAUAAAAGAGACUUCAGAGGAGCUCCAGAUGAUUCUGGAUAGGCUACGAGACGCACUGAACCCAAACUCUGAGACCCCAAACACAGAUAAUUGAGAAUUUGUUCUUUAAUCACAGAUAAACGUUUUGAUUGUAGUAUUAGCUAGUGUUGUAGUACAAUAGUACAAUGCAAUAAAUAACGCAUCUAGUUCAUAUGAUGAACAUAAUAUGUACCAUUUAUUUCUAGGUCCACUGAUGUAUACACAACAGACACUGAAGCUCUCGCAUAUGUUGCACCUGAGAAUUUGAGUGGCUUAUUUCUAAUUUGGUUUAUUUCUUAUUUCUAAUAACGUAUUUCUAAUGUGAUUUAUUUUGAUACUGUUGUGCUGGAUUUGCCGCCACCUAGCAUACUGCCGGUUUUAGUGUCAUAUUUAAAAGUAUAAUUUUAUUUUUUUCAUCAUAUUUCUAUAUUCAUAAUUUUAUUUAUCAAACAAUUUCAACACAAUUUAUGCAGUUGUUAUUGUACAGGCAAAGAUGAAUUUUGUUGAUCAGUCGAUGAACAGCCUGUUUGAGUUUAAAUGCAGUUUUCA